AUGAAAGAGAAUGUUACCAGUAUACUUGAUCUACCAAAUGAAAUCUUACUUCAUAUAUGUCGUUAUCUUUCACAAUCGCAUAUUCUUUAUGCAUUUUACACACCUUUAACACCAGAAUAUCGAUUUCAUUCAAUUAUUAGCGAUUAUUAUGAAACAAUUCGACUUGACCAACAAACAUACUAUGAAUUUAUUCAUUUACGAUCUUUAUUUCUUUUUUCCGAACUACCUCUUCGACCUAAGUCAUUAAUACUAAGCAAUAGACACGUCAAUAUUUUAAUAGAACGUUUUUCUGAUUCUGAAUUCUUCUCGAAUGAUGUGUUGCAAUCCAUAUUUUCAAAUUUAACUCAUCUCACCAUACUCAACUAUUCAGUAACUGAUUUACACUUUAUCGACGAUCACAUCAAGGAGUUAAAACAACUUGAAUAUUUCCACGUAAAUAUAAUUCCAUUCGAUACUCAAUCAGAUGCUUAUAUGCUUUCUAAAUGCAAUCGAUCGUUUACUGAAAUAAUAUAUCGCGUUAAAAUGCCUCUUCUGCAUACGUUUCGUUGUGAAACACCUAAUGGACUUAUAUUACAAAAAGACACUAUUGAUGAUCUAUAUAUAUUACUUGAUGGAAUAGCUCCAAACGCUGAAACCAUGCUUAUCAAAUUAUACCAGCCAAGAAUACUAACUCGUCCUCGUCCAAACGGUCGUUUAUCCUGUCCUCGAUUGACUCAAUUUAGCUUCUUAGAAUGCUCCAUUGGGCUUUCUAUUGAUGAUUUGAAAAGCAUUUUUGUUUAUAUGAAGAAUCUAAAUCAAUUAACAUUAAGUAUCCGCAAUACGCCCGAUCCAACCUUUUGUGAUGGUUCAAUCGUUGAAUCUAUCUUAAAUAAAUACCUUCCGUCUCUUCGCCAAUUUCAUUACACAAUGACACAUCAAAUAUCUGAUCAAACAGUUCCGAAAGAUUUUCUUCGGUGGCCAAUGGUGAUCAAAACUUAUGGGGAACGGAUACAUAUUUAUUCGCUUCCGUGGCCAUCGAAUAAGUAUGACAGACGAGAAAUACCCGCUGAAAGUGAAGCAACUGAUCUUAACCAUUCAAAGUACAAGAAACAUCUUUUAGUGACUAAUAAUACACAGUUUCAUCAAUUCAACAAAUAUUUUGCUCAUGUUGAUCAAAUUACAACUAGUUUACCGCUUCAUAUUCAACUUCCAUGGCAUGUAACAAAGUUAAUUCUCUCUGCAAACACAUCUAUAAAUGUUUGGAUAAGCAAUGCAGUUGUUCAACCUUCUAUUCGUCAUUUUAUCGCUAAAUCUAAUGUCAUCGAUGAGAAACAAAUGUUAAUAUUAAUUCAAAAAUUUCCGCGGGUUAAAUAUUUAGAAUUAUUAUUGUCAUCCGAUAUGAUACCAUUUAUACGAUGUUGGAAUAUUCUAUUUAAUCGGAAGGAUAAUACUAGAAAAUAUUGUAGUGAUUGGCCUAAUUUAAUUAUCUUUUCCACAGCUGUGAGUAGGGAACAAAGAUAUUUCUUAACAGCGACAAGUUACAGUUUUGAAUGGUUUAUUCGAAACACAGAUCUCAAAUAUUACACUGAUCGAUUUUUCUUCGAUGAAAAUAAUUCAAAAAUUACUAUUUGGUUCUGA